CGGCGCCCGAGCCUGUGCUUCCGGCUGGCGGUCCCGCUGCGCGUCUGUCCGCCGCCGUCUGUCCGCCCACCGCGCACCAUGGCGCCGGCGCCGCGGGUCCUGCUGCUGCUGCUGCUGCUGCCGCCGCCGGGGGCCCAGGGCGACGUGUGCCUCCUGAACACCGGAGACAGCCUCUCCCCCAAGGCCUGCCCCCAGUUCUGCUGCGGCACCUGCGACCGCCAGUACUGCUGCCCCGACGUCCUCAAGAGGGCGGUCUGGAGCCAGGGCUGCGACCACCGCCUGGACAGCAUCCAGAAGCACCUGGAGGAGGCGGCCGCGUUGCUGGAGAAGUCGGACUCGCUGCUGUCCGACGUAGACACUGACCCGAUGCCGGGGUUCGGGGCCACCAUAGCCAUCGGCCUGACCAUCUUCGUGCUCUUCAUCGUCACCAUCAUCGUGUGCUUCACCUGCUCCUGCUGCUGCCUCUACAAGAUGUGCUGCCGCCCGCGCCCGGUGGUGACCACCACCACGGCGACCACCGUGGUGCACGCCCCGUACCCCCAGCCUCCCGCCGUGCCGCCCAGCUACCCCGGGCCGUCGUACCAGGGCUACCACCCCAUCCCCCCGCAGCCAGGGAUGGUGGCAGCACCCUACCCGGCGCAGUACCCACCGCCUUACCCGGCCCAUCCGGCCCAUCCCGUGGGCCCGCCGGCCUACCACGAGACCUUGGCUGGGGAUGCAGCCAUGGCCUAUCCUGCCAGCCAGCCUCCUUACAACCCAGCCUACAUGGACCCCCCGAAGGCCACCCGCUGAGCGCAAUGCAACUCUGGCUGCCACUUGAUACGUGGUGUGUGUGUGUGUGUGUGUGUGUGUGUGUGUGUGCGCGCCGUUUGUACACUUGUGAUGACAAGGUGGGGACACUCCCACCAGAGUUGCUGGAACCGUGCUUUGUUCUCUUCACUUCAAACCGUGCUUCCUGGAAGUCUCAAGCAGAACUCACAGAAUGGGGAGGCCUUCUGUGGGCAGGGAGCACCCUGGCUCGGGUCUGCAGUGGCCAGCCCUUCCCAGAGAGCUGGGAGGCCGGCAGGGGCUGGGCCGGCUGGGCUGGGUGUCCGUCCCCUCGUUCCCUGGAGCCAGGAGCUCCUGCGCCCUCCGGAGACCGUCUGGAGCCACUCCCGACCCGGUGCUGGCUGCCUGGCCCCCACCCAUCGGACAGGGUGGUCUCUGUCCACCCACACACUCAGGUGUCCUCCCCAGUGUCUGUUAUUUUUAGCCAAGCUUUUUUUUUUUUUUUUUUUUUGCCUCUUUUCUGUUUUUAAAUGUUGCUGAGGCUGAAACCCCUGGUCCUAGAGGGACACUGCCCAGAGAGGGACCUCCUGCCCUGACAGUUCCUGCCUCCCUCGCACCUGCUCCUGGCCCUAGCUCCGCUGUCCCGGCAGCGGGUCCCGGGGGCUGCUGGCCCAGAUGCCAAUACCUCGGCGUCCCGUCCCUCUGUCUCUGGAUCUGUCUCCACUUUGUACUGUUGUACUGUUGAUGCAUCUGAGUCUGUUUAUAAUAAACGCAGAAAUUUGGA